UUGCGUUCUUGUGUAACACCUACCUGCAUCAGUUAAUUGAGUUAUAACAAAAGACGCUUUAUCAUAUUAAGUAGAUUAAUUGUAAUACGCUUAUUUGCUACAUAGUAAGUAAUUCUGUAUUUCUGCCACACCUACCAAAAGGUGGAGAAGCGCAAAUUUUUAAUGACAAAAAUAGUCAACACAACGGGAACGUCAAAGGAGACCAUCGCCCCCAAACCAAGUGUGACCUUCUGUGAAUGGCAGAACAACUCAACUUGCAUCAAAAUUGUUACAUUCGGCGUAGAGCUCGUUAGAUGCAUGAUGUGUCUGUUAGAAAAGUUCAUUUCUACGUCAGUUCGAUUUCAAAUUUCUUUGUUAUAAACCGAAACGUCCGUGUGCACUUGAAUUUGAAUUUUUCAGAGAACGAAAGGAUUGUGUUAAAAUUUUCCUGAAGGUGAUAACAACAAAUAUUAAAAUGAGAUGAUGUUUAUGUACUAAAUUCGUUCCUUUUUGAACUACUACAAUAAAACGCAGAACAGAAUUAUCAUCACAUCACGGAACUAAGACUAACAAAAUAAAAGAUCUCCCCAGAAGUAGAUCAGCUUUCCCUUUGCACCCCAAAAACACUGAAUAGCUGCAGGACCAGCGAGGGCGUCCUACUUUAAAACCAUAAACAUGGCUCUGAGUCAAAUCCAGGAAUUUUACAAAAACCAGACAGUCUUUAUCACCGGAAGCACCGGCUUGUUAGGAAAACUUGUUCUUCGGAAAUUAUUAACCAGUUGUGAACCGAAAAAAAUCUACCUUCUUAUAAGACAACACAAGGACAAAUCGCCAGAGGAAAGACUUGAAAUACUCCUAGAGAGAGCUGACUUGAGACGGGAUAAAUCGGAAUUCAAAGGGAAGAUUUCUGUUAUCGAAGGAGACUGCAGUUUACCUGGGUUGGGAAUAUCGCAGGAUGAUAGAGAGACUCUAGUAAAUGAAACGACUUGUAUUAUACACGUUGCAGCUAUUGUAAAAUUUAGCGAGCAUUUACGACUGGCUGCAUAUGUUAACGUUCGCGCUGUUCAAGAUCUCCUUCAUUUGGCAAAACAAGUUCGUGAUUUAAAGGCCAUGGUGCACGUUUCCACAGCUUACUCAAACUGUAACCAAAAAGAUUUAAUAAAAGAACAAUUCUAUGAGCCUGGAAUGACAGCCACAAAGCUAAUGAAAAUGUUGGAGUCAACGGAUGACGAAACAAUAACAAACAACACUCCAGAACUUGUAGGUUCUUGGCCCAACACCUACACAUUCACCAAAGCUGUGGCCGAAAAUGUUAUCAAAACCGAAGCUCAAGAUAUGCCAAUUUGUAUCGUCAGACCGGGGAUUGUGGUAGGCGCACUCCAAGAACCUGCACCAGGUUGGCAGGACGCAAUUCAAGGUAUCACUGCCUUUUUCAUAGGCGCGUAUCUAGGUUUGAUACAUUGCCAACUAGCCGAUACUAAACCUAUAUACCUGAUACCAUCUGAUUACACAGCAAAUAUUAUUUUGGCGGCUGCGUGCUACGCAACAGAGAAAAGUUCCCUUCCACCGAUCUACAACUAUACAGGUUCUGAGAAAAAUCUCUUAACGAAAACUAAACUGUACGAGUAUGGAAAAGUAACAGCAAAACUCUACCCCAGCGCGCACGUCAUUAAUGUCUGCUUCGUGAUUUCUACCACAAACAAGUACUAUCUUAAAUUCCUCCAAUUCUGGCUUCAUCUCGUACCAGCGUAUAUUGUGGAUCUGAUUUGCCUGUGUCUUGGAAAAAAACGAAGAUUCGUCAAAAUGUACCAAAAAUUACACAAAGUGUGUGGCGAAGUAGGAUACUUUAACGUGAACUUUUGGAAAUAUGAAACCAGUAAUAGCGAAAUGUUGUGGAAAGCCUUGACGGAAAAAGACCGCGAGUUGUUUCCGUUCAACAUGGAGAACCUGGAGUGGAAGAGUUUUUUUGAAAUGUGUUCAAUGUACGCAAGGAUUCAUUUCUUGAAAGAUCCGAUGCAUACUUUACCGCAAGCCAAACGAAAACGAAAAUGCAUUUCAUUCUUAUAUUAUUGUAUUGCUUUUGCACUUGUGUGUCCUGUGGCGUUUAUGUUGAAUUGUUAUACUAAUUUAUUUUAUUAACUAUUAUUAUUAACUUAUGCAAAUUUUGUUAAAAAUUAUACGGUUGUUCUUA